UCGACAGUGUUGUGAAAGUUGUCCAACUUACACAUUUCAGGCUGGGAGAGCAAUACUACAGAGAUGCCAUGGAGCAGUGUCAUAGUUACAAUGCUCGUCUUUGUGCUGAGCGCAGCAUCCUCAUGCCUUUCCUGGACUCUCAGACUGGGGUAGCCCAGUCCAACUGUUACAUCUGGAUGGAGAAGAGACACCGGAGCGCAGGCGUAGCUCCAGGGCAGCUGUACACUUACCCAGCCCGUCGCUGGAGGAAGAAACGGCGUUCUCAUCCCCCUGAGGACCCCCGGUUGGCUUUUCCUCCUCUCAAAGCCGCAGAUUUGGAGCUGGGUCUGAAGCGUGAUGCAUUGGGGGCGGUGGAUGGCAGCAGUCUGGAGGCCCUGCUGAAAGGGGAGCCCCUCGACAGGAGGAGCGGCGCGUCGGACCUCCGCGGCCCUGAGGAUGACACAGCCACUGUGGAACCUCCUGCCACGUCGACGGCCACUCACACGUCCUCUGGGCGCAUCCGCAAGAGAGUCCUGGACCAUGAUGACUACUUGGAUGACCUGGACGAUGAAGACUUUGAAGACGAGACACCCAAGAGGCGAGGCAAAAGCAAGUCCAAGGGUCGCAGUGACAAGAAUGGCAAGAAGAAAACGGAGGCUGCAGCUGCAGCGCUGGAGGAGAGGGACAAACCUUACGCCUGCGACAUCUGUGGGAAGCGCUACAAGAACCGUCCUGGCCUGAGCUACCACUAUACACACUCUCACCUGGCCGAGGAGGAGGGCGAGGACCGCGAAGAGAUCGAGGCACCACCCACUCCUCGCCAGCCUGAGGAACAGAAGACUACUAAGAAGGGUCCUAAUGGGCUGGCGCUGCCCAACGAUUACUGUGACUUCUGUCUGGGAGACUCCACCUUAAACCAGAAGACUGGCCAAUCAGAGGAGCUGGUAUCCUGCUCAGACUGUGGACGUUCAGGCCACCCGACAUGCCUGCAGUUCACACCUGUGAUGAUGGCGGCAGUGAAAACCUACCGCUGGCAGUGCAUUGAGUGCAAGUGUUGCAACGUUUGCGGCACCUCGGAGAAUGAUGACCAGCUGCUGUUCUGUGAUGACUGUGAUCGAGGCUACCACAUGUACUGUUUAACCCCUCCCAUGACUGAACCGCCCGAGGGGAGCUGGAGCUGCCACCUGUGCCUGGCUCUACUGAAGGACAAAGCCUCCAUAUACCAGCAGAACCAGAGCUCUGCCCCCGAGUGACAUCACAUCAGCAAGUUGCACCCCCUCAGCACCGGGACCCAAACCCCGAUCAAAAACGUCAGACCUCCUCUCAGUUCGGAGCUCCAGGCUCUGUCCGGAUGUAGCUGAGCCGGAUUGCAGAUCAGCUUUAGAAGUCUUCAUAUCUACAGCGACAAUGGGGGGACUCAAACCAAAACAGACCUCACAUCAGUCAACAUGGGGAUCAAACCAUCACUACCAACCUGCCUGCAAAGUCUCUGAGGCUUGCCGUCAAACACAUACACAUUACACUGUUACACAACACACACUAGAUACAGAGAGCAUGCAGUAACCAUAGUAACUGCUGUCUCUAUGGCAGCUCCCAGGAGCAAACGGAUUAGCAUCACACGCUAAUUAUCUGCACCCUGUCACACUCAAAGACACAGUGUGGACUGUCGAGACAACACAGUCUUUUUUUUUUCUGCCAAAUUAUCUAUUUUUACUCCCUGAAUGUGGGAAAAAGAAAACUUCACCAUGUAUAUGGUCUAAGAAUAUUAUUAUUAUUAUUAUUAUCAUUAUUAUUAUUGUUAUUGUUCUAGUGGACAUUUGUAGUGGCAUUUGUCUGUGUACUUUUGUCUGAUCCAUUGCAUCGAUUAUCUUUUGAAGAGGUUUCUCUGAGGGAAGCCGGUCAGUGCCAAGGUCCAUCAUCGUAUGAAAUACACAACAGUGACCCACAGAGCUUAUCAUAAUCACUCAAAGUAUCGUGUUUCAUUUCAAAUCAGUAGGACAAAGACUAUGGCUUUGACUUGUUAAGCUGUUAGCACAAAUCUUUGGCCUUGCUACUUUAGGGUUGCACCAAAACUAACUUUUCAUCACUGAUUCUGUUACGGGAUAGAUUAGUUACUUUUAAUCAAACACUAUAUAACUGAGCAUGUACUGUAGGUUGGGCUCAUGAGAUGAACACUUUUAGUAUAAUGUAAUUUUAAGUGGUAUUUCUCCAUCAGACAGAACUAACAUUCUCUUAUUUUGAAAAACCUGUGUCAGAUAAUACUGUUGUUAUUGGGGAAACUGAUAGCAGCUCCAUAUUUUAGUCUACUCUAAGUCCAAACUAGUAACCAUAAAGGUGCAUCCGUUUCUCAAAGAUGUUUUUGUGGUAGCUUUUUAGAAACCGUUUGGCAGUGGCAUCGUCCUUCUCAAGUGAUUGUAAACAGCUGCUGUCAAACCGAUGACAGAAUCAUUGACAGACCGUAGCUGCUUUUAUCAUUUGUCACACUGAGGCAGAUUUGCAUGCAGACUGCACCUGUAUGAAUGCACACACACUCACAUCACAAGUGUUUUUUUUUGUUUUGUUUUGUUUUUUUUGUUGUA